GAGCGUUGACAGCAUCGCAUCAAACAAGAAAUAAAAUCAGUCCCCCUAUAUCAACCCAGUCUCUCCCCCCUUUCCCUCACCCAUGGCGUCCAAUUCUAAUAUCGAUAUGGAGGGUGCGACCCAGCACCUUCGGGACAUCCUCAAGCUCGACCGUCCCGGCUCCGAUGCACAAUCGAGCAACGGUCAGAGAAAGCCUUCUUUUAAUGGAGAGCUAAAUGGGUUAUUAGGAACGGCUGGCAUUUUAGGAGAUCUGUCAACCAUGUCAGAAUCCACCCGGCCGAUCUCCACGGACCUAAGCAUCACUCAGGAGACCCAGGUCAUCUGCCUCUCCGGCGAUGACGGGUCGACCUGCAUCCCCAUCACUUCCAACAAUGUGGAGAUCGUGGCGAGCCAAGACUCGGGCAUCAACAGCAAAGCUCGAGGCAGCAACAAGGUGAAGAUUCAACCUGUUGCCAAGUACGACUGGGAGCACAAGUAUUAUUAUGGGAGACUGAUAGCUGUGUCAAACUCCUUCUUGGCCUAUGCUAUCAGAGGAGCCAACAACCACGCUAUGAUUCGUGUCCUGAGUGUGGGCUUCGCCGAGCGCUCCCUGCUGAAGGGCUUCACCGGAGCCGUCACAGACCUGGCUUUCGCCCACCUAGACUCCUCCCUGUUGGGCUGCGUCGACGAAGCCGGCAACUUGAUGGUCUGGCAGCUCACCUGCACUGGCAGCAAGAUACUAGAUCAGAUCGUGGUUCACAUCCGACGACCAGAGGACACGCCGCUGAACUCGCACCGUCGUCUCGUCUGGUGCCCUUUCAUCCAAGACGAGAAUGAGGAGAACCAAGACGACACCAGCCAGACGUUGGCCCUCCUACACGAAGACAGGGCUGAGGUGUGGGACCUUGAAGUCUUGAGAGCCAACCAUAGCAGUUGGCCUAUCGAUGCCACAGGUCUGAAAGAAGGUCUCAUCACUGUCAAGGGAUAUACGCAGCGAGUCAGUGAAGGUGCCCUGUCUCCAGAUGGAACCGUGUUAGCCACAGCCAGCCAUGAUGGAUACAUCAAGUUCUGGCAGAUAUACAUAGAAGGGGGGCAGGACAAGCCAAGAUGUCUUCACGAAUUGCGACCUCACGGAGGACGUCCCCUCUCCUGCCUUUUCUUCUGCGACAACCACAAGAGGCAGGACCCCGAGGUUCCUUUCUGGAGGUUUCUGAUAACCGGAGCGGAUCAGAACCAGGAGUUGAAGAUGUGGUGCACUGUUUCCUGGACCUGUUUACAGACCAUCAGGUUCUCUCCAGAUCCGUUCAACUCAACAGUUCAGCCAAGUCUGAAGGCUAGUCUGGACCUUGCCGCUGAGUAUCUCAUCCUCACUGAUGUACAGAGGAAGGUCCUCUAUGUGAUGGAGCUGCGGCAGGACCUGGACAGAGGCAAGGCCAGUUUCACAGCUGUGUCCGAGUUCCUGCUGACCCACCCUGUGCUCAGCUUUGGGGUCCGCGACGUCACUCACAGCCGUUUGCGACACACUGAGGUGCUCCCUGCAGAGGAGGAGAGUGAGAGCAUGACAACAGAGGGCACUCAAGGACCCACAGAGUCCAAGUCUGGGAUCCAGAUUAAACUCUACUGUGUUCACACCAAGAGUCUGCAGGAUGUCCAGAUCUGGUUCCAGCCCUAUGCGGGUUCCAGCUCGGCACUCUUCCUGCCCCACUCUGAUUCUCAGGAUGGUUUUGCUUCGUUUUCAGACCACCUGACAGACCAGAGCUCCGACAAGGAAUCAGGAAGCGGCUCCCAGACAGACUUGAGGAAGAUCCAUUCGCUUCCCGCUCCAACCGACUUCCUGUCAAACUUGACCGCCGCCAGCGGGGCGAUGCCCAAGCUGAUGACUCCUGACGCCUUCAUGACACCAAGCACUUCAGUACCGGCGUCCCCCGGCAGCAGUGCCAGCAGUCUGACUAUAGUAACAGCCAUCAGUAGCAACUCGGACUCAACUAACAGAGCUACGGACGACGUCAGCCAUAGUCCCAACAGAGCAGAGAACAACAACAGCAGCAGUAGUCUGGCACUCUCCACCUCCACCAGUAGCCCGAGACCCGCUUCUGCUGUGCUGCUGCCUGGACUGGAGAACCUGCAGGUGCUGGGGUCUCCUAGCGGCCCCCUCGCCCUCGACAGCAGGGAGAGUCAGAUCCUGGAUUCUCCCCUCCUGCCGCCGCUGGCCUCCCCGACUCGGGCCCGCUCCCCAGACGUCAUCUCCUCAGCCUCCACAGCCAUGUCCCAGGACAUGCCGGAGAUCGCAUCCCAGACCCUGCAGCCUCAGCGCAGUCUAGUGUGCAGCUUGGAGCCUUUAACUCCUCUUUCCGCUCUCCAGACAGACAGCAUGGCAUCCGCCGCCUCCGCCCUGCACCUGCUCACCUCGCCGCGCACAGCCAACAACAACAGCCUGCUGCCCCUCGAGCUCGGAGGUGCAGAAGGACCGGUCGGCGGGUCAGUGGAGUCAGAGCCCAGACUCAGCCACACCCCAUCUCUGCUAGAGACGGCCUUAUCGCACGAGAACCCAGCGGCGGGAGGAGGCUCCUCAGACGGUAGCGUCAGCCAUACACCAUGGCCGGCAGCGCCUGACAUCACCAGGGAAACCAGGAAUAGUCUGAGGGAUAACGGUCUUGCAGACUGCUCAAGAGAAGAGUCGAAGGACAGACUGCUGAGUUCCCCUUACCCUCGACGAUCCUACCACCUCACACAGAAUGACAGUCAGGACGCCGGUAACGAGCAGAGUGAUCCUGACGAUGAGGUGUCCAGCUUGGCGUCGUCCUCUGGGAACUGUGGCUCUCGCUCUUCUCACAGACUACCAGUGAAGGAUUGGAAGACGUCACCACGAGCCUCACCAAAACUGAAGAGAAAGACCAAGAAAGAUGAUGGUGAAUCAUCCCAAUCGAGGCAAAUGGACUCUGGUCAGAUGAAUGCAGAGGUGCAGGAAGAGUUGUUGAUGCUCCUGCGCAGCCAGCAGAGGGAGUUAACUGACCUGCGUGGACAGAUUGAGGCCAUGCAGAGCUCCAUUAUGGCCCAGGUCGACCACGUCCUGACCAACCACCAGGAACAAGAACAGCGCAGACUGGAGCGAGUUCUGGCCGAGAGUCAAAAUCAUCAGCAGCAGCUUCAGGAACAACUCGGCCAGCAGCUCAGCCACAACCUCUGCUCCGCCCUCACUAACAGAAUGGACAAAGUGCUACGAGAUGAAAUGAAGAAAACAGUUCCACCAACAAUCUCUAAGAGUUUGGAGCCAGUGACGGGUCAGCUGAACAACACAAUCGCUGCCAAACUGACCGCUGUGGAGGUCACCCUGAAGGACAACGUCAGCAAGGUGGUUAAAUCCAAGAACACGACAGACGCAAUUGGUCGCGCGGCAGCCGAAGCGAUGCAGGGGCCCAUCCAGGCAGCCUAUAAAGACGCCUUCCAGAGCAUCGUGCUGCCUGUUUUCGAGAGAGGCUGCCAGUCCAUGUUUCAGCAAAUCAACGACAGCUUUAAACAAGGGACACAAGAAUACAUCCAGCAGCUCGAGACCCAUGUCAAGAACAGAAGGCAGAGGGAGCAGGAGACGCGGGACCCCAUGAUCGGCCAGCUCCAGCAGAUGAUGGACGGCUUCCAGAGCUCCACCGAUCAGCUGGCCAACAACAUCACCACCAACGUCCGGGCCGAGGUCCAGCAUCAAAUCCAGAUGAUGGUGGGAAACUUGCAGGAGUCUAUUCUUAGCCACGUGCAGCGCAUUGUCAAAGGAGAGGUGAGCCUGGCGAUGAAGGAGCAGCAGGCGGUGGUCACCUCCAGCAUCAUGCAGGCGAUGAGGUCAGCGGCCGGCACGCCCGUCCCCACGGCGCACCUCGACUACCAGACGCAGCAAGCCAACAUCCUGCAGCUCCUCCAGCAGGGACAGCUCAACCAGGCUUUCCAGCAGGCUCUGUCAGCAACGGAUCUGAACUUGGUCCUGUACGUGUGCGAGACCAUCGACUCUCAGCAGGUGUUCGGCCAGCACCCCUGUCCUCUGAGCCAGCCCGUGCUGCUGUCACUCAUCCAGCAGCUCUCCUCCAACCUCUCCACUCGCUCCGAGCUCAAAAUCAGUUACCUGGAGGAUGCCGUGAUGAAUCUGGACCACGGCGACCCCCUCACAAGAGACCACAUGGCCUCCAUGCUGGCCCAGGUCAGACCGAAGCUGUUUGCCUUCCUGCAGCAGGACCCCCACAGCCCACUCACCAAGAGGGCGCGGCGCCUGAUGAUGAUGCUGCAGGGACUCGUCAACCACUAAUCCUCCAUUUAAGAAAAGCAAAACAAAAAACAAACCCUGGUGCAGAAGAGAUGGCUCCCUCACACUACACAUCACUGAGUCCAUUUAUGUUCAGUUUCCACCGACGUCUUUUAAAGGAAAGAAAGAGCAUCCUGGGUCAGUACCCAGGACAGCCUCACCCCACGUUGAGCAGGUUCUCGCUAGUUUGAGACGACAGAUGAUGAUGAUGAUGAUUAUGAUGAUGAUGAUGAUGUCACUGCAGCACUUGGGAGCUGGAGCUAAAAGCAUGGAAAACAAAAUGAGCUCCAGGAAUUUUGGGGGGAUUUGGUGGUAUUUUACAGGCUGGAGAUUAGUUUUAGACCUCAAGAGGAAGGUUCCCCACUAGUCCCUCCAGUCCCUCACCACAACUCUAAAUCUCUCCCCCCUUUUUUUUUUCACCUCCACUUCUAUCUCCUCCCAUUCCCCCAGCUCUAUAUGCACCAGUGAAGUGUCAAGUAAGGAAAUAGAAACUUUUUGUUUGUUUUUGUUACUUUCUUUUUUUUUUUUCUCCCAGUACAAGACAAUAAUGGUCUGGACAGAAAGAUGGUUCUUGAUUUUUGUUUAAGUUCACUGUAGUUUCUUCCAGACCUUCGUUUUCUGCUGCUCCACCACCCCUUCUUCACAAUAGGCGUCCUUUCUUCUCUGUUCCUUUUUAUUCCAAUCAAGACUGUCUCAGAAACGACAGACGGAGCGCCUUGCCCCCCCCCCCCUCCAAAACUUACACACAACUCCCGACACUCUUCCGACGUAGCUUCAUCUAAAAGACUCAAAGAAUGUUCAGCUGAGCGGUCAUUAAGACUUAAAUGUCUUCUCUUUUUUUUUUUGUUCUACUGUGUUCCCGAAGUUCAGAGUUCGGGGGGGGGGAGGAAGGGGUACUGAACAAGCUGUGAUGCAGGGGGCAACAAAAAAGCACGCUAGAAGAAGACAAGUUUCACCUCAUCAUGUCGCAUCGCAUCUCGGCCUUAAGAGCAAACAGAAGGCUGGGACACUUUUCUUUUUUUUUUUCCUUUUUUUCUUUUCUAGAUCCAACUCUAAAUUCAGUUGCUGCAGGAUUACGCCGUCCUCGGUCCAGGUUUUUUUUUUUUUUUAAUAAACAACCAAGCUAAUCCCAGCAACCAAAACUAUGUAACAUCCAAAGCUUUUUUCCUUUUUUUUCUUGUUUUCUUGUUGUUGUUUUUUUUACAUUUCCUCUCAGUUAUUUCUUAAUAAGUUUGAGAUGACAAUCUCACCAGGCUUUUUUUUUGUUGUUGUUGUCUGUAUUCUUCACCAGAUCAACACAUUGAAACAGUUUUUACCUAAAGUUACUUUGUUCCUGUUUCUGAAGGAUUCGGGAGUAAAGGCAUAUCUCAUUAUACGUUUUUUUCCCACUCUCCAUCUGGCCUUGUUUUCACAAAUAAUUGUAAUGAGGCUUCCUGAAGGAUACAAGUAAUAAAAGAAUGAAAAAUAACUUUAAAAAAAAGAAAAAAGAAAGAAAAACACAUUGUUGAAACAUAAUAAAUACUUGCGAAGGUCCUCCAGGCUGAACAGAAUUCCCCCCUUUUUUGAAAAUCUGAAAUGUUUGGAGCCCAACAUCGAGGUUGGCAGCCGUCCAUGUGUACAGCUCUGUCCUGUAAUUGAUCAGACCGCGCUCUCUUUCUCCCAUGUUUUUCUUCUCUGUCGCGCCCCCCCAACCCCCCUUUUUUUAUAUAUAAACAUUUAGAAUUUGUAAGACUUGUAUACUUGCUUUAAAAAGUUGUAAAACUAGUUCUAAAACAUAUUAAAUAAUAAUUAAAAAAAGAAACGCUUCCUAAACAUAAUUGUUACUGUUAUUUUAUCAGGAUAUUCCAAAUAAUGUUUGUAAACUUAGAUGUGCAGUUCCUUCACUUGGGCUCUAGGAGGCAGCACUUAGUCAGACUGCAGCUGUUUCACCCUGCUUUUCUCAUUUAGGUUUUGAAUUCAGAAAUCAUUCUUGGUCUCGCAGUGUCUGGACAAAAAAAGCCUGCCUUUUUAGGUUGUAAAUGCACCCGUGUAUUCAUGUUAAUUAUUUUUUUUGAAAGUGUAUGAUCAUUGUUUAAAGGCAGGGUGGCCUCCGAUUCGCUGACUGUAAAACGAUAAAGUUCUCGACCACCACGUUUAGAAUCAGUUAAGUUGGAUUUGUCUAGCAAGUGCCUUAUUGUAUUUUAUCUGUUUCACUCGGAUAUUUGAUCUCAUUCGGGCCUUUAGACGACUUCUAAUCAAGCAUUACUCCCCCCACCCCCCCUGUAGCUUCUGCAAGUUCUAUUAUUAACCUUCACAAGCAUUUAUGCCACGAAAAAAGGCAGUUUACGGUUAAAUUAAAGACUGUUUGUUUAAGUCUGCAAACAUUAGACUCUGGAGGCAGUUGAUGCGGACGGAUAUUUGAAUGUUCAUUUCAGGGUGUGAAAGAGAGAAAAGUACUAUUUUGACUACUAGCAGUUCCACCUUUGCUUUGUCCUCAGAGGAGGACAUGUUGACUCCUGCUUCACCCUGAAUGGGAGCAACGUGUGAGAAACACAACUCACGCUCAUGUGUUUGUUUGUUUGUUUGUUGUUUUUUUUCCUCUUUCCAUUGUGUUCAUUCCCCUGCUUGGAUGGUUAUGUUGUAUCUUUUACAGUUUAUUUUACCCUUAAACAUUUUUGGAAUAAAAAAAGACUC